AUGGCACGCGAAAGGAAGUCCACAAUUGCCGAGUUCGAGGUGCAUGCCGUCUCUCAUCUGGCCCAUGUCUGCAAUCUGGAUAUCAGACAUGACGUUGCACCCGUCAGAAAUACCGGCAUCAUUUGUACUAUCGGACCGGCAUGUGGUACCGUGGAGAAACUGCGCGAGUUGAUGAAGAAUGGGAUGAAUAUUGCCCGGCUCAACUUUUCGCAUGGAUCUCAUGAGUCGCACGCCGAGACAAUCCGCCUUGUCCGCGAGGCUGCCAAUUCAUUCGACCCGCCGAUGGUGAUCGCCAUCGCCCUGGACACGAAGGGACCUGAGAUUCGUACCGGAAUGCUGCAGGCUGGUACCCGUGCCGAAGUGGAGCUGAUCACCGGCCAUUCAAUUCGUCUGACAACGGAACAACAUUUCGAGAAUUCGGGCACAUCGACUUGUCUCUACGUGGAUUAUGAGAAUCUACCAAAUGUCGUCAAGAAGGGCUCCCGAAUCUACAUCGAUGAUGGAUUACUGUCGCUUAUCGUCGAGGAGACAGAGGGAAAGGCCGUAGUUUGUACUGUGGAAAAUGGAGGGAUGCUCGGAUGCAGAAAAGGAGUCAACCUCCCCGGAACGAACGUCGAUCUGCCCGCCGUCACCGAAAAAGACAAGGCCGAUCUGCGUUUUGGGGUAGAACAAAAUGUGGACAUGGUGUUCGCUUCAUUCGUUCGUGACGGGGCUGGAGUACAGGAAAUUCGAGAAGUUCUCGGAGAGGAUGGUGCUCACAUCAAGAUUGUUUCCAAGAUUGAGAGCGAAGAGGGUGUCCUCAAUGCCGAUAGUAUAAUCGCGUAUUCCGAUGGAAUUAUGGUGGCCCGCGGAGACCUGGGAAUCGAAAUCCCAGCCGAGAAAGUGUUCCUCGCCCAAAAGAUGUUGAUCGCCAAGUGCAAUGCGGCUGGAAAACCGGUGAUCUGUGCCACGCAAAUGUUGGAAUCGAUGGUGUCCAAGCCGAGGGCGACCAGGGCUGAAUGUUCCGACGUGGCAAACGCGGUGCUAGAUGGUGCGGAUUGUGUAAUGUUGAGUGGAGAGACGGCAAAGGGACAAUAUCCCGUGGAGACUGUACAGAUGAUGCACGCUAUCUGUAAAGAAGCAGAAAAGGCGUUCUACCACACGAAAUUCUUCGAAGAGAUUCUGAUCGCGACGAAGAAACCGACAGAUAAGACACACACAACGGCCAUUGCUGCUGUACAGGCUGUUGUUAGUAGUCACGCGGAUGCCAUAUUGCUGCUGACUACUACUGGACAGACAGCCCGGCUGGUUUCCCGGUACCGUCCGGCUGUGCCGAUUGUGUCAAUCUCUCGAUCAGCUCAAACCGCCCGUCAACUUCAUCUCUACAGGGGUGUAUUCCCCAUUCAUUUCGAGACGGACCGUGACGCGGUGUGGGAUGUGGAUGUCGAAAAUCGUAUUGCUCAUGGAAUAGAGAUUGGAAAACAGAAGGGAUUUAUUCGAUCUGGAAGCACUCUUGUCAUUAUUACUGGAUGGCAUAGAGGCUCUGGUUAUACGAAUACACUGCGCGUCGUCACGGCUGCC